CUUGACGCUGCCCCGCACGGAGCGACAACCGUAUAUCAGGGUCUACUUGCGACUCUCGCGUUCUCGCUGUCCCAUCUCGCUGGCUGACGCGUCUUUAGUGCUGGAUAUUUGUCUGGAAAGACGUACCACUUCACUCCGGAAUUCGCAGAAUGUCUAGGCCGUCGAAAGCGCUCACUCUUGCUCGCAUCGAAGACCUGACCCUCGGGUCGUUUGCGCUGGUGCCGACGUCGGAAACGUUGAGCCAUCUCGUGCGAUAUUUGAGUACAUGGAGUGGAAGCGAUAAACUGUUCAUGCUCCUUGAAUAUACCUUGAAGCUUACUGUCCCGUUCUUGUACUUCCGUGCUCGUAUGCAACAUCGUGCAGGGACGAGAACUACCCCUGUCAGUACCGCAGCGACAGGCAUGUCCAAGCUAGCAAGCCUUGCUGGUGACGCAAGAAUGUUGUUCCGAUUGUGGGGUCUCCUACCGAUUGUCCAAUGGCUCACCGGGAUCGAGCGUAGCCCCCCUCCGACGCGCAAACUGCUCACCAUCGAGCGACUUCAGGGCUGGGCGAUGAUCGCAUACUACCCGCUCGAGCACACAUACUACAUGCUCGCGCACGACAUCAUCCCCGCCACGAUGUCCCUCCCAACGCUCGCCUCGCUGCUGCCGUUCGUCGCCCCCAAGCCCAGCGGGAGGCUCGUCACGCUGAACAAGGGCGCGUUCGCGCUGUGGUCGUGCCGCUUCUGGGCGGCGUAUAUCUUCCUGCAAUUCGUGCACCUCAAAGAGGACUAUAACCUGUUGAAGAUGCGCGAGAGAUCGGUGAGCAAGUCCAAGGCUAUCUCCUACCCUGCGGAGAAGGAGGAGCUCCGGAAGAGGUGGGACGCGUUUUGGGGCGAAGUUGUCGUGAACGCGGGUUACCUACCUCAAGCCCUUCAUUGGUCAUUGGAGAUGGGCCUCUUCCAGAACGACGCAUGGAUCAACGUGUUCGGCUUGAUAGCUGGCCUAGCAGCUUGGCGAAACGGCUGGAAGGCCACUGCAUUGCCUUCUGCGCCAGCUGAUGGUCCGGCUGCUGUCCCGGAGCUCGAUGAGAAGGCACCAGUCGAACCAGGCGCGGUCGAUACGCCGUUGGACCUCGACAUUCAGGCUCCCAUGCUGGACGAGAUGUGACGGAUGCGUGGUGUAAUGGAGAAUGGACUGCGUUCUUGCCUUUGUAUUACUAGCACAGCCUAUGCAGGAUAUUCACUGCUGUUGCUCUACUAGUGGAAUUUGCUUAUGUCUUUCACUUCAUACAAAGGACAAUGAAUCCAAUGUACGUUGAUCUGUUCGCUAACAACCUUCCGAAUCGAAUCACGUCAUUUGCAGCGAACAGCACUCGUGUGUGCUGU